AUGUGUUCAUCUUCACUGGAUUCUUGUCUGGAAUACAUGAUACAUUACUCAAGAAUUUUCAAUCGUGAGAUUACAGUUGCUUGA